UAGGAGUAAGAAUGAACGUAAGUGGUGGACAAAAACAAAGAACUCAGUUGGCCUGAGCUAUUCAUAGUGAUCAGACAUUUACCUGCUAGAUGACCCUUGCUGUUGGUGCACAAACUGGAGCUCAUAUGUUCAAGAAACGCUUAAUCCAACUUCUACAUGAAAAACCAGUUGUUUAUGCCACUGACCAGUUGGAAUUUUUAGAUGCCUCUGACCUCAUCCUGUAUUAUGAAGGGCUGCUAUGUAAUUGUUUAUGGAAGGAAAACCAGCCACUGGUUGUAGCGAGCUGCCUGCUGUCAUGGCCAUCCCAAGUAUUCCGGUCUUGCAAAAAUGUCAUUUAGCUGAUAUUGUAAGUAGGAUCUAAGAGGCUUCUUGAUGCACCAGUCGCAGAAGACGGAGAAAACUUGAGUGUGUGUCAAAGGCAGAUUGUGUGCCUACUAGGGUGUUGCUACUGAAAAGGCGAAUAUUGGUACUUGAUGAAGCUACUGCUUCAGUGGAUACAGAGACGGACAAUGUCAUUCAGAAAACUAUAAGAGAAGAAACAAAUGGAUGUAUAGUCAAAACAGUUGCACAUAAGAUAUCGACCGUCAUUGAUAGUGAUCUUGUUUUAGUUCUUGUUGAAGGUAAAGAUACAUGACCUAGCAAUAGCACGAUAGCACCUCAAGCGCACUCACAAAAAAAAACUGCAUAACAUUAGUUAACAGUUCGAAUGAUUGACAUAUCAGCAACUUGUAUACAACUGCAUGUCAUUAGUAGUGGCAGAAUAUUGUGCAAACAAUGGAUUCUAUUGCCUGAUAAAAUCUGUCUUGUUUGAUGCUGAAAAAAUUCUCAAGUUUGAUACUUCUAACCAGUUAUUGAAGAACAGUUCUUCUGCAUUUUCAAAUCUGGUGGCAGAAUUCUUGCGAAGAUCAUCCAAGGGGGUUAACCUAAAAGCAUGCACAUGUGAUAGUACAUCUAGUUUAAAUCCUCUAAAAGGAAGGAAUGACCAAUUCAAUCUGCCAAUGUUAAUGUGGCAUUGUGUAGUACAGAAUCACAAACUGACAUCAAGAAAUACAACAAGUUGAGCAGCUACUUCAAAAGAGUAUUUCAUAUAUCUGCCAGCGGAACAUGAAACAUGCAGGAUAUGUACAGUGUUUAUUCUUAAAACCCUAACUCAUAUAUAGUUCAUGUUCUUAAAGUAGCUAUUUUAUGCUGAAAGAAUUUUCAAAUAGCAAUCCAUUGCGUCAGUAAUAAGAAAGACUUCUUGAUGUAAUAAAUAACCUGAAUAGAGUUUUCUAUGAUUCAUCGUAACUGACCUUUAA